GAAUAGAAUAGAAUAGAAUAAGUAUAUGCCUAUAUCACCCUUGGUCACCAGUCUGUAACAUCCGCCCGCCCCCUUAUACCCGAAUCAAAGGUGGAGAGGAGGCGCGCGAAUAUCGACUCGGUAGUACGGUGCUUGUCCUAGGCAGACAUCAGCUACCCCGGGACCUUUUUGGUCGCUCCCGUGCGAUCCCGUCUGGCUGUGUCGGCUUCUUGGUAGACCUCGGCAAUUCGGCCUCUGCUCUCGUCCGGGCCCGGUCGGAGGGGGGGGGACCCUGAAGGCUCCUCCAUCCAACGCGCCAUGGCCAACCCGCGACGACUAUUACUACUGCGACCGCUCGCCGCUCGCCUCGGCCAGACGGUCGACUACUUCUGGCGCGCCGGCCCGCUUGCUUGCACCCGAGACCAGCAGCACUCGUCGACGCACGCCACCCACAGCAACGAAACAAGAAGACUAGCAACCAUGGCCAGCUCGCGCAUGCAGUCGUGGUUCCCGCACACCGCCCACCCGCUCGUGAUCAGCGCGCCGAUGGACUUCGUCACUAACCCCAAGCUCGCCACCGAGGUUACCAAGGCCGGAGGCUUGGGCUUCCUCCAGGGCGGCCGCGACUUCGCGUCGGAGUCGCCGGUCCUCGGCAGGCUGGAGGCGCAGCUAGCGCAGGCGCGGUCGCUGCUCGGCCUGCCCGCCAACGACGGCGACCUGCCCGUCGGCGUCGGCUUCGUGCUGUACGCUGCGUCGGCGCGGCACUUCGGCGCGACGGCGGCGCCGAUCCUGCGGCGGCACCGGCCUGCCGCCGUGUGGCUCUUCGCGCCGGCGCCGGACGCGCCCGGCACGGUCCCCGGCGCUAUCCGGGCCCUCAAGGGCAAGGGCGGCGAGGGUGCCGCCGCCGCCUGGCGCCCCAGGGUCGCCGUCCAGGUCGGCUCCGUCGCGGCCGCGCUCGCAGCCGCCCGCCACGGUGCCGACGUCGUCGUCGCCCAGGCCGCCGACGCCGGCGGCCACCAGUUCGUCGGCGGCGCCGGCCUCGUCAGCCUCGUGCCCGAGGUCGCGGACGCGCUCGCGCGCUCGGGCUUCGCCGGCGUCGCCGUCUGGGCCGCCGGUGGCAUCGUCGACGGGCGCGGCGUCGCGGCCGCGCUGACGCUGGGCGCCGAGGGCGCGGUGCUCGGGACGAGGUACAUGGUGGCGACCGAGUCCGACGCGCAGGACUACAAGAAGGAGGCCGUGCUAGCCACGUCGGACGGCGGCGUCAACACGGUGAAGUCGCCGCUCCACGACCACAUCCUCGGCAACAAGAGCUGGCCGGACGCGUACGACGGGCGCGCCAUCGUCUCGGCGUCGUGGCGCGACCACCUCGCCGGCCUGCCGGUAGAAGAGAACGUGGCGCGGUUCGAGGCCGCCAAGGAGACCGGCGACUUCUCCCGCAUGAUCACCUGGUCCAUCCCGCAGCUAACCAGCGACCGCCGCCCCCCCUUAAAAAGCGGAACCGGCGUCGGCCUAGUCCGAGAGGCGCUCCCGGCGGCGGAGAUCACGCGGCAGGUGCGAGAGGGGGCGCUGGAGGCCAUCGGGCGACUCAAGGCCUCGAUCUGAGGCGGCGUGUCCGCGGGGGGAGCAUCGGUGUAUGUAUGGAUGGGGAGCUAGAGACAACAAGAUGUAUAGGUGUAGGUAUAUCUACGCGAGUAUAUGCAGGCAGAUGUGGUUAUCGACGCACGAGCAUACACCGCGGGCGCUUCCAGUGACCAGACCAGCUCCCUUUCCUGGGCCUCCUCGCCUCCUCGCCACACCACCUCGGUACGCGAGAGCACCUGGGGGCAACGUACGCAGAGAUGGCAGGUAGAUAUAUAUCACCUAUUGUUUUUUGGGCAUAGAAAAAGGAGGUAUAUCCCUUCUUCCGCUCCCUUCCCCCGCUCUUGACAACCGUCGUGAACAGAAAAUAAAUCAGUAAAUAAAUCCGUAGAUGCUACGACCUCGACUCCCGCAUGGCGUGUACGUAUACGGUAUAUGAUAGUAACAACAGCAAUGUAUAGAUGUCCUCAACACAUCCUGCCUACCUACCUACCUACCCCCCCCUUUCACGAAUUCUCUCGUCCCAGUAAGUCUCCUCCUAGCCGUCGUAGCAGUCACCGUCGCGGCCAAUCCUAGCACAUACGUUCAGUGUCCCGUGGUAGAGAGAAAAAAAUAUCGGUUUAUUGGGGGGAUGCACCGUCUGUUCUCGUCUCGUCAGAGCA